AUGAUGCUGGGAUGUUCUGGGCUUGAGCCCUCGGUCAUCACAAGCAGAUGUCUCACCACGAAGGAUGAUGAGCCCCCUGUGCUCCAGAAUGUUCCGGAACAACAAAAGGAGAGCUGCAGCCAUCUGACCUCCACUCCGCCCUCCCUCCCGACCCUGUUCUGGGCAUCGUGCGGGAGCACAGGGCACCCCAGGGCCCCGGGUCUGUAUUGCACGCUUGCCUUUAAGCAGAUGGGGAAACAGCCAUUUGAACGAAUGGGGCAUGAGCCCCGGAGAAGUUACCCUAUGAGUAAGUACUACCGUCACCGUCUAGACCACGACGAGAGUGAGGUUCAGGGAGGUCGGGAACAGGCCUCGGAUCCCGCCGACGGCAAAGCCACGCCCCCGGUGGCCCACGUGCGCGCGCUCUCCAGGGCGCAUGCUCCUUGGACCCGCCGCGGCCCGCACGGAAGACUGUGGGCUCUGUGCAGAAGGUUGGGCUCUGCCAGAGCUGAGCCGGGACAGCGGGGUACCCGGACCGACAGGAGAGAGUAG